AAAUGUGCGACCGCGACCUCCCCCUGGACGCCACGCGCGCCAUCUGUGAGCACGAGGCGGCGGCGGCGAAGGAGGUGGCCGACCCUUGGCAGAAUUUCUACGGCGAUUCGCUCUUCCUGAAACGAGACUGGGAUCUGGAGGACUGGCGAAGCUACUAUGAUAAGAUGCCUGGUUGGGAUGGCUGCGAGGGAACAGGACUGGGCGUCACUCAGUUCGCCGACAAGGUGUUUUGGAAAACAGAGGCCAGGGCGUUUUUCCCUCUCUGCGGCCGGGCGGAGGACAUGAAGUGGGCCUACGACCACGGCCACACCGUCGUCGGGCUGGACGGAGCGGAGAAGCCCGUCCAGCACUUCUUCGAGAAGUACCAAGACCUCCAGCACACCGUGGAGGAGCUCGAGUACGGGAAACUCUACAAGAGCAAGGACCGACGUCUGCAGGUGUUCGUGUGUGACAUCACGGACAUCGCCCUCGUGGUCCUCGGGAAAUUCGACGUCGUGGUGGACUGCGGGGCCUACACGUCCAUCCACCCGCGAGACAGGGCCAGGUACGUCGAGACAGUGACAUCGACGCUGGGGAGAGACUACCGCUAUUUCCUCGACGUCUGCCACGACGCGCCGCCGGCAGCCACGGGCCAACCGCAGUCGAUUCCGCUGCGCGAAGUGAAAAGGGA